ACAACAAACAAACUGUUCUCCCUGUUCAAUCUUGACGAUUCUCUCCGGAAUUGCGUGGAAAUCGCCGUCCAUCCUGGAAGUUGUUGGGAUUUUGGUUGACCCCCAUAGAGUAUGGACCCGGUGGAUCCGCCACCUCUGCCCAUGGAACCCGUAGCCGCCGAUCAGACCCCCACAGGCCAUCCCUCGGCCCGGAUUGAUCCCGACCCGGAGGAUACCGAGGAAGAAGAUGGCUUUGAGUCCGUGAUCUUGGGCUCGGUCCAGUUGUCUUUACCCGCGGGAUUAUGUCGGAACACCGACAUUUUGGAUCAAUUUUUCAGUCUGGACUUAUGGGACGCGCUUGAUCCGCCCUUGCAAGCCCGACUACAGCACUUCUUGCCCGUGGAUGCCGAGGUGGAUGCGGCGGAAACCCGAGCGUUGGUGGGUCAGCUUUUUCAAGACCAGAACUUUCACUUUGGCAACCCGCUCACCCGUCUUAAAGCCGGCUUGGCCGCGGGUGAGAUGACGCCCGAAAAGACCCGAGUGCGACGACUCUUGCGGCGAAUUCAACGCCGAAACUACAAGGAGCGCACGCGAGAACGCGCCUACACGCUCUUGCAAGACAUGCUGACCUCGCGCAAGAAGCUUAUUGAGAGCCGCACGGGUCAGCCGGCUCGCACGCCCAUGUCCGUCCUCAAAUUGGAACGCAAAAGCGUGCGGGCCACGCCUGAUCUAGAGUUCAAGAUCGCUCAAAGAUAUUUGAAGGAACGCAGUCUCAUUCGCCGCGAAGGCGCGCAAGUCGAAGAGGACGUGUCCGAGGAUGAAUUCUACCCGAAUGGCCCACCCAAGCGGAAGCCUCAACGCCGCGAAGUGAAUCUUCUGGAUUCAGACUAUUGGAAAAGCUUUACCAACGACAAACCUGCCACGGUUCCUCUGAAGAGCUCAGCCGUGGCCAAGCCCAGUGCCAACGCCAGUGUCAAGCCCAGUCCCAAGCCUCGUGUCAAAGAAGACCCAUCCCUCAAAUCUCUAAAUGCCACCGGUUUCAAGACGGUCCUCCAAUCAUCUUUACUCCAUCAACCUAGCCCAGCGCCACCCCCCGUGGCGGCUGGACAAUCUUUACUUUCACCCCCUAGCCAGGAUAAACCCAAGGACGGAAACAAUAUCGAUGACAGUCGGGCCGUUGAAGAAGCGGUGGCCAAUAUCCCAGGCAUGGAUGACCUCGUACCUUCCGACACAUUUGGAACUGUUUCGUGUGAAGAAGUCAUCGAAACCUCAGAGGUCCCUCUGGACGUGGAAGCCGAUGUUGAACCUGAGGGACCUGCUUGUUACUUCUCCGUGUUGCGGGACUGCUUCACCGCCAAUGCCGAGGCCAAGAUCACCAUUCCUGAUCUGGAGGAUAAGAUCAGCCAAUGGCAGGCCUCGACAUCCCGUUUGAACUGCGAUUGGCUUCAUCUGGCCAGCAGUUGGAUGGGACAAAUUCCCUCAGCCGUGGCUUUUCUCACGGGUGCUUUCCCAGAUGCUCAGCCUUCGGGGUUUAAGCCAUUUAUUCUCGUGGACCCGUCAGUGGGCACUUAUCAGUGGACGGGUCAUGGCAUGGAUUCGGAUGUCCACUUAUCGGCGUUGACGAAAUGGUGGCUAGAGAGGCGGGACCGAUGUCGUGCUGUGGCCACCAGCAGUGAGGCCCCUACCCCCACUACAGAGGCGGCCAAAGACAAGCCCAAACCUCUGGCGAACUUUUCAAGCACACCGGAGGAGCGUCAUAUGUUCCAAGAACAAGAACGUCAACGUUUCAGCAAUCCGAACCAACCUUACACGUAUCGCAUGUAUGGUCGCUCAAGUGUGGUUGGCCCGUUGAAGCCGUCCAGUAAGCACAACAUUAAGCAACAUCCUCUUAUGAUCCAUCAACGACCCCCGUAUAUUACAAUGGUUGUCUUGGUUCGGGAUGCCGUGGCGAGACUAACUCAAGGCCAAGGUACCCGCAAUGAAAUCGUCGAGUUGUUGCGCGACUCCCAAUAUCUAAACGAAGAGGGGCUCAGGGAUGCGAAUGCACUCUCGCAAUGUGUUUCCGGAGCCUUGGAUCGACUUCAAAGCGAAAUGGAUCCAUGUGUCAAAUAUGAUGGAGCCAAGAAGAUCUGGACCAAUCUGCACCACGAUCGUUCGGAAGAGGACUUUGCUCAAGCUCAUCAACAAUUUUUGGCAUCUCAAACUAAACCACCGAAACGUGGUGAGGCAGCCAAGAAGGACUUGCAAGUACAAAAUCAAGUGGCCUCACUCUCGUCUCAAAUUCCAACUGGCAUUCUUGAGAGGGCUCUGGAAGCGGCUUCCAAGACCACAACCCUAGGACAAGCUUCUCCCCAAGUGGAUGCGUCAAUGAGUUUGUCGCCUGGGUUGCCAAGUCCUUUGGCUCCCCCCACUUCAAUCCCCAUGUCGACCUUACCGUCGUCCAGUUCUGGGCAAACAGUUCAAGUGAUGACUUCGCAAGGAUUGAAAACCUUCCAAUUGUCAACGGGGUCUGCACCGAUCAUUUCCACUUCCCCACUUGGCGCGUCAUCAGGUGCCACAAAGUCCACCUCUAUUCUAACCCGAGGUCCGGAGGCCAAAAUGGCCAGUCCAUCUCAAUCUCUGCUUCUCUCGCCCAACCGAUUGCCAAGCAAACCACUUCUCCCCAAGAUGACCCUACCUCCUAGUGUGGCUCCUCCAGCACCUUCUGUUGGAUCGUCCCUCUUGGGAAAGGUGGGAACCAGUUUGCUCCAGACGGGACCUGCCCCUGUCCAAACGUCUCUCCUGUCCCCACGCCCCCCUCAACGAGGAAUCGUUUCUCAAGCACCAUUAGGACAGCAGCCUCAAACCGUUCGGCAAUCGCAUCCUUUGAGCACAGUCAGAUCUUCGCCUCAAGCCUCGUCUCAAAUCCAGAGAGUCAUUGUGAAAAAUUCGGAUGGAAAGCAAGUCCAACUGACUGCAGCCCAACUUCAGAAAUUGAUUGCAUCGGGAGCCAUAAAGCAAAGUGUCCAAAUUGCGGUGGACAGUCAGGGCUCGACUCCAAAGAAGCUAGUGAGCACGGCCCCCGCUUUGGACGCGGCUGUUUCCAGUAUAGUGGCCCGCACGAUGAAUAGCUCACCCCGAAUGACCACGGUGGUCUCUCACUCUCAGGUGCGAUCCGUUUCCAGUCCGAUUCGAGUGUCUGCCCCCAAUCAACCUUCACUUGUGAACGUGAAUCGAAUGGGGCGACCUCAAGUUCAACAGUCCCUUAUUCGGGUGGGACAAGGUGGAGCAACACAACCAAUUCGAUAUUUGAACUUGUCACAAGCCUCGCCGGCCACCACUGGGAAUCUCAUGAAAAUAUUGUCGACCACCAACAAUCAAGUCAGAGUCAUCCCGGGCGGGCAGUCUGGUGGAAUUCGUCUGGCUCAAACCUCGGCCGGAACUUCGCUUUUGCAACCCUCUCAACUACCUGCUCAACCAGUUCAAUUUUCCAUGCCCAGUGUAAUCUCGGCACCAGCUCCGGCUCCUCCACCCCAAGCCAGUGGGAACACAACUAUCCGACUGAACCAAGCCCUAAGUGCGGGUCAGAGGGUGAUUGUGGGUGGGAAGGAGUAUGUUCUGGGAACCAAUGCGGCCGGGCAACAAGUGCUGACCCCGACAGUUCAGCAGCAACAAUUGCAACAACAUCAAUUAUUGGGUCAAGCUCAAACUGUGGUCCAACAACACCCCCCGCAAGUUGUGGUCCAACAAGGCCAAGGAGUUCGAUCGGUGCUCCUGAACCAUGUUCAGUCAAAUGCCAUACAAAACAUAAGAAUUGUUCAACAACAACAGCAACAACAACAACAUCAUAACCCAUGAGGAAAAAAUGGACAGAUCGUUGCUGAUUAUACUCUUAAAUAUAGAAUUAACCUUUCGCGAAAUUUGACCCAAGUCUCAUGCUCCUUGGGGCUUUUGUUGCACAUAAAGUCACCACGGGUGAGCUCAGUCAGUCAGAUGAGAGCUUCUCCCGCCGGGUCAAAGAUAAGUUUGAAUGUCAGCAAAAACAUAAUCUCCUCCAGGGAAGAGAUUGUUUGUCCAGCAUGACCAAGGGACCAGAUUUGAGCUCAGUUCCAUUCCAGAUUGAUCAAUUAUGGGUGGUUUUUUUGCCCCGGUGAAGAAAAAUCGAUUCAAUUCCGACUCAGGCCAAAGGUCAUGCACCCUAAACGGAAAUAGAAACUUGAGAUGGGGAACAAUGUCUUCAUCGAGUCUGCCCAUUUCUGGAUGCUCUUCAUUUGAAGUUGCCCACAGAGCGUAUUGAUAAGAAGACACAUUACAGGGAUCGAAAAGGGAAGAGGACAAGAAACUGUAC